GUCCACUUUGGCCAGGGUCCGCUUGGGGGAUUUGUUAGGACGAGGAGUGAAGAGCGGAGUUCCCAUUCCCUACCACCGUUGGUUGACCUGACAUGGGCCGUUGUUUUUCGUGAGGCGUUCGGAGGUUAUUGAGAGUCCCAGCUUUGCUUGCCAUCUCUCUUUCCUCUCGCCGACAGAUCUUUCACAGCCAUUGACAGGACUGUCGCGUUGGACAGGCACAUAAUUUGUGGUGUUUUUUUUGUGUGUGUGUGUUUUCUAAUUGCAUUGUCAUGUCAUUGGGCUGACUUAGAUCGUCCGAGACAUUCAUUCGUUUGCUAUUUCUAUUCCUAUUUUUUUUCUCUUCCUAUUUUACGCCUUGACCGGCCCGUUGAUCUGGGGAAAGGGCACGCGCGCGAGCUGGUCACUUGUAACCAAAAACAAACCAAAAAAAAAAAAAAAAGAAACAAGAAAGAAAAGAGGUGGAAAACAAAAACAAAAGAAUUCAAUUACGACAGAAGGACAUCAUCCCGUUUCUGGCAAAUUUCAACCAGACUCUGCUAUCGACCUUAACAAGUCCGCCGCUGGAACCAGUACAUCAACAAAUUGUUCAAAAUUCCCGAGCAGAUCAACACAUACUACGGCAAUUGGGACGGGUUUGACUGACGCCAGUGUCAAAGCCUAAUUUGCACCUCGUUCCAUUCUUCACCUCAUCAUCUUGGCCGAAACAGCACUACUCUGACACUGGUGUCCCGCGGCGCCUCAUACCGUCCAAUCACCAAUACGAGCCAUCACUGUCCACCACCUACUGCAAAUCCCGACUCGAACGCUCGAAUCCAGCAGGCACGCUUCCAACGAAGAAAAAAAUAAAAUAAAAUAGGGUGGCCCCAGCGCAUCCGUCGCACUUGGGCAGCCACGUGAAUUUGCGUGUCUGGGCCCUGGAAAUCCAUCAUGGCGGCUGCCGCUAUGUCGACAGUCGCCUCGUCUGCUCUCACUCCCCCGAGCAGUUCACAUGGCGUUGUCCACGGCAGCAACAAGUUGAGCACAAACGGAUAUCACGAUACUUGGGACGAUUUUUCUGGCGGAGAUGACGAGAAUCUGAUGGCACUCAAGAAGACGCCCACCACAAAUUCCAAUCAUGCAUCCAUCAACAGCCAGACAAGAUCACCGCUGAUGUCUCAAAACGGCAAUUCGAACCCGUACUCUUCGCACGCGCCGAUAUCCCGUAAAAUAAGCAGAGAGGUCGGGUUCGGAGUGGAUUCUACCUACGGAAGCGAAAUGCAAGGAGGGACUGCAUACCGGCCAUACGGUGGUGGUACUGGAGCUGUGAGCCCAUCAGAAAGCAUCGGGGAGAUUUCUGGUGGUCACAAGAACGGCAAGCGAUCGAACGUCGACUAUGGCUCAUCGAGCGACGGUUCAGCAGGCACCGAUGAGGCGUCGAAAUGGAUCCACAGGGACAAGCUAGCUCGGAUAGAAAGCGAGGAGCUGCAGGCCGCAGGAAUCAUCCUCCCCGCCCCCUCGAGAAAUCGUUCGCGUUCACGCAGUCGCCCGCGAGUGCACGCAAACGGCGGCUCACGGACCCGUAGCGAAUCCACAAACGGCGCGACCAGAUCAAGGAAGAACUCGAACCUCGUUGGUGGAAGGGACGCACAUGGGGAGACUAAGGCUCAGCAGAUUGAGGUUCCCAGUUGGGACUUGAGGUUACCCGAAGAGGUCGCCGACGAGAUGGAGUCCAAUUAUUGGACGUCGGCUCCAGUUUCAAAAGGCGCGUCAAAGAUACCGGUGGCCAAGGUCAGUCCGGCACCAAUACCGGUGGACUACAUUGAGCGGGAAUCACCAGCUGCGAGGAGGAGAGAGAGCAGCCCCGCAGAUGAGAUGGAAAGUAUCAAGAUGCCCAGGACGCGAGCGAGGAGCAGUAGUGCGAGCACCAAACUCGAACCGUCGCCAUCGCCUGCUGUCACUCCAGGCCAGAAGCAGACGAAGCGCGCAGCAACCGACACCUCGCCCAAGAAGCCAGCCGGAGCUCGGAAAACCUCAGGGCCUGCGAAGGCGACAGGGGCCAACGGCAGACCAAAAACCCGCGGGGGCACUCGCAAGGAUUCGUCGAGUAGUAGCACCGCAACGCGACCAACCACGAGGUCAGGUGAUCGUGAGCUUACACCGUCGUCACCUAUGAACAAGCAACCAGAAGGCGACCCGCCAUGGAUGAUCUCGGCUUACAAGCCGGACCCAAGGUUACCGCCAGACCAGCAGCUUCUCCCAACGGUGGCCAAGCGAUUGCAGCAGGAGAAGUGGGAGCGAGAGGGCAAGUUUGGUAGUGUCUAUGACAAGGAGUUUAGGCCACUGAGCGACGACGGUCUUUUAUCGCCUCCUGACAGAAACAGUCAACUUCUUCAGCCCCCGCCGAACGAUGAGGCAAAUGAAAAGCAGACGGACGAGACACAGGCCCCCGACUGGCCUUUAAAAACAGAAGCUCUUAAAAGCCCCUCCAUCCGACACAACUCGCUCCGCCAACAACGAACUGGCUCAUAUUCCACGAUACCCAAGGUCCAGGAACCGCCCAUCAGCCCGAUCCCCGGAUCCAGAGGUAACGCGGCCCCAGGGCUCCCCUCACCGCUUCAACAAACGCCCGCUGCUCCCGCCCAGGAAAAAGAGGACAAGAAAAAGAGGGAUAGCGGAUGUAUGUGCUGCAUUGUUAUGUAGGCUGAAGCUCAGAGCACGUGGGCCUAUAGUCGAAUAUGUAUAUCAGGCCCAUGAGAUUCGAGGUCCACGGAACGACACUUUGUGGAUCCUGAUGGUACCAAAAGCUCUCGAUACGAUGUACCACCAUGCGAGAUGGCCUACUACUCUGGUUAUAUCGAACUUGUCAGCAUAGUCUGACAAACAGCCCAAGCGCUUUUGGACGGCGAACCGCUACACACCAGCACAAACACUCCCAACUUUCCUCAGGCCGGAUGCGGCAGGCAGCAUCAGCCAAAAUUGUCCAUUUGGAGCCCUACAUCAGACAGUCAAAACGUUCAGCCCCUUGACUUUGUCUGUACGACUUUACGACUUUCCUUGUACAAUCUACUUCGACCCUUUCGAGAUCUCGAACCAUAUUACCCGUUUCCGCACCAACCCCAACUCUCGCGCUGGUUAUCAUAACUACAAUUACUUAUCACUUGAGUAUUUUGGGCAUCCCAGAAACUCACUCGACACAUAAUUCCGACCUCCACACCCCACUGGCUUUUCUUUGUCCAUUUUUCUAUCAAAAUUUGCUUCUUGGAAUUUAGCGUAAACUUGCUGUCUUUUAGAUUGGAGUCUCGUCUCUGUCACGUUGGUCCCUCCUGGAGCCAGCAAAUCAUUUCUCAUACCGCCCUGGGUAAAAAGGUGUUUGCUUAGUUUAGAGGUAUUUAUUACCGGGGUUCCUGAAAGAUUACGGUCUGAAGAAGGCUUAUUUGGUGUUUUCUGUUCAUGUUCUGAAGGUGGUGUCACAGGUUGACUUUGUUACUUUUAUUCCCCAAACCAUGACUGCAACGGAGUUUCCGGAUGGUCUGGCUGUUUAUUUUUCUCGUCACUCUACCACUGCUGCGGUCUCCUUUGUACAGUCACAGGUAGCACAAAGUGCUGUAGUAACUAUUUAACCAAUUUACCAAGCUGA